UUUCCUGAGCGCGGGCGGCGUUUGUGCGUUCUCGACCUAUUCGCUAUGGAUUCUUAGCAGACAUCUGUUUUUACCUCUAUCGUUAAAUUGUGUCAGUGUUUGGUUCCGCGUCUUUAGUUUUAUAAUAAAGGAAAAUCGUGCGUGUAAGAAGGAAGUCUUAACGAAUUUCGGUCGCGUAAACAAGUGGUUUUUAUUCAUUUGAGUGUUCUGUUGUUGUUCGCCGAGCAAUGGCGCCUGCCGAUGUGUACGGAAUUGAACAUCUCCUGAGCUGAGAUGACUGGCGUCUGUCUGACUUUUAAUUUUUACUAGUUGAGGGUAUGAUGUGACAGAAUUGGUGUCAUGUCUUGCCGUGUGAGGCAACUGUUGACGUGGGUGGCUGUCAGUUUCCUGUCUCUAGCCGGAGCCAACAUCGUUCGGACAUACAAUGAAACAGAAAGCAUCCUUAAUCACCUAGUCAUUGAUAAAAAUACUGGUCGCAUCUAUGUUGGAGGAGUCAAUAAGUUAAUUCAGCUUUCAUCUGACCUUCAUCCUGUUGCAACUGCUGUCACCGGACCCUUUGAAGAUUCUCCAGAAUGUUCAACUCUCAACUGCCCCUCUGGAGCUGUGAAAAAGCUCACCAACAACUACAACAAAGCCCUCGUCAUAGAUUACACCAAAACAAAAUUAAUAGCUUGUGGAAGCUUGUUCCAAGGUAGUUGUUCCGUACGUAGUAUGGAGAACAUCUCAGAAGUAUAUGAAGAUGUCAAGGAAGCAGUUGUGGCCAACAAUGCCAAGGCUUCAACUGUUGCAUUCAUCGCUCCAGGCCCGAAAAACUCCCAAGGUGCACAUGUCAUGUAUGUGGGAGUCACUUUCACAGGGGAUUCACCGUACCGUUCAGAGGUUCCAGCCGUGGCAUCCCGAAGUCUAGAAUCUGGGAAGAUGUUCACCAUCGCUGAAUCCAUGGUAACAACUGGAACAAGGAUGUUUGUCAACACACUAGCAAGAGAGCGCUUCAUCAUUAACUAUGUGUACGGUUUCAGUUCAGAAGGUUUCAGUUACUUUCUGACGACACAAAUGAAAUCGAGUAGUUCGCCUCCGUAUAUUUCGAAGCUUGUGCGGGUUUGUCAUGACGAUUCAAGUUAUUACUCAUACACGGAAAUCCCGUUAGUUUGUACAUCAAGUGAAGGGAAGCAUUAUAAUCUUGUGCAAGCUGCAUAUGUUGGAAAGUCCGGUUCAGUGUUGGCGGGUAACUUAGGGAUUACGCAGCAAGAUGAUGUGUUGUACGGUGUGUUUUCGGAAAGUGUAACCAAAGAGGGAGAAGGUGCAAAUAAACCGAGUGACCAAAGUGCGUUGUGUUUCUACUCGCUGAAGAGUAUUCGCCGGAAGUUCAUGAGCAACAUAAAGCAUUGCUUUAGUGGACAAGGAGAUCGUGGUUUGGACUUCAUCUCUACAAGCCUUCCCUGCGUACCAACGAAGCUGCAAACGAUUGACGAGGACUUCUGCGGGCUGGACGUGAACACGCCGAUCGGGGGCGAGAGUCCCGCCUCGGCGGUGGCCCCCCUCCUCUUCGACAAGCGACUCACAGCCGUCGCCGCCACCUCCACCGGCAACUACACCGUCGUCUUCGUUGGAACCGCCGACGGACACCUCAAAAAGAUUGUGGUUGAAUCAGAUAAAGUUGCGCAAGAGUACCGAGACCUGGAGAUAGACCCUGGUUCUUCCGUCAACGCAGAUCUAGCCUUUGAUCCACAGCUGAUGAAUCUCUAUGUCAUGACAGAAAAGAGAAUAUCGAAAGUAAGGGUACAAGAAUGCAGUGUUUACCGCAACUGCCUUGAGUGCCUUGGUGCGAAAGACCCUUAUUGCGGAUGGUGUUCCUUGGAAAAUAAGUGCAGUCUCAGAAGUGAUUGUGCAGAUGCUGCCAAAGAUGCCUUAUAUUGGAUUUCAUACAAAAGUGGUCGAUGUACAACUGUCAUCUCUGUCACACCUAAGGAGCUCCAAAGAACUACUGCUCGAACGCUUGAGCUGGCCAUUGAGAACUUACCAACUCUUUCUGGACAAUUUCUGUGUGCUUUCUCAAUAAUGGACAAGACACUUAUCACAAAUGCAACCCUCAAACAAGGCGGUAUCACCUGUACAACACCUCGCACUGAUGUACUUCCUCCAAUUCAACAAGGACAACAUAAUUUUACUGCCAAACUUUCGGUACGAAUGACAUCUGGUCCAGAUUUUGUAGCAACUAACUUCACUUUUUUCGAUUGUAAUACCUACACAUCAUGCACUCAGUGUGUAUCAUCUUCAUUUCCUUGUGACUGGUGUGUUGACGGCCAUCGAUGUACACAUGACACGGCAGAAAACUGCAGAAACGAUAUUUUAGUCACUGGAGUUAGCCGCCAAGGACCAAGUUUUCGCAUUGGCCCAGCAUUUUGUCCCAUAAUCAAUGGAACAGAAGUUUCAGAGAUUCUUAUUCCAUCAGGAGCAAACAAAGUUGUUGGAGUGAAAGUUCACAUUAUUGGACAAUUCAUCGUGCAGACUCGUUUUGUGUGUCAAUUUAACAUCGAGGGACGUGUUACAAGUGUGAAUGCUAAUUUACUGGGUGACACCAUCUAUUGUGAGCCUAUGGAGUUUUCCUACACAUCUCGCGCACCAUUCAUCACUGCAACGUUUGCUAUCAUUUGGGGUGGCACAAAGCCUUUAGAUAACCCAGACAAUGUUCGCAUAAUAAUUUACCGGUGCCAUGACAUGGUGGACAAUUGUGGUAUGUGCCUUGCUCUUGAGGAAAAAUACGACUGCGGCUGGUGUCAAAGCUCAAACCGAUGUGAAGUUAGCGAUCAGUGUGACCGCGUCAACUUAGGUGCCGCAGUGUGGCUGAACAGAACUCAAACUUGCCCUAACCCGGAAAUCACAUCUUUUGAGCCGAUGUCAGGACCAUGGGAAGGUGGAACCAUUAUUACUAUCAAUGGAAUUAACCUUGGGAAAACCAUCGAUGACAUUUAUACAGGUGUGUCAGUGGCGGGAAUCAUCUGCCAGCCAGACAAGUCUCGAUAUGAAAGGACGGAGCAAAUAGUGUGUAAAAUCGAUGGACCUGGUAAACCUGACGAGCGUUCGGGUCCUGUUAUUGUGAAAGUAGCAGAUUUCAGAGGCGAAUCUAAACAGAAUUAUAGAUUUGUGGACCCAAAACCUGAGAGUAUAGAGCCAAAGCACGGACCAAAAUCUGGAGGUACACUCUUGACAAUCCGCGGAAAAUACAUGAAUGCAGGCAGCGUUAUCAGAGCCUUUAUCGAUGAUUUGCCUUGCAUAAUUCAGUCGACGGAACCGCAUCAAGCUAAGUGUGUAACAAGUGCCUCUAGCAGAACACGUCAUGGAAAACUGAAGGUUACUUUUGACAAAGCAGAUCGUCCUUUGGAAGGAGUUAUGUUUGAAUACGUUGAGGACCCAACCAUUGAAUCGGCAGAAUCUGGAGUUUCGGGACAAGUAAAAAUUCCCAAAGGCAUUCCUGCAGGUGGAAUCAAGAUUUCUGUGACAGGGAAAAACCUUGCCUUCAUUCAACGUCCCCAGAUCUAUGUUUACUAUAACAGAAAACAAUACUUUGGGGAAUGUGAAGUCAUGAGUAACUCAAACAUUGCCUGCUUGUCUCCUCGUGUGGAUGUAGAUCAAGAACUUGACGCAGAUCAUCCGCUGGCACUUACUUACGGCUUCAUCAUGGACAAUGUCACCAGUGUGCGCAACCUAUCCAGCCAAUCAAAUUUCAAUGAUUUCCUCAUGUAUCCAAAUCCUAUUUACGAACCAUUUGAUGAGGAAGUCAAAUAUUACAAAAGUGACUAUCUGACUAUAAAUGGGCAACAUUUAGACCGUGCUUGUCAAGAGUCGGAUGUUGUUGUGAAAAUUGGAAGCAGUGCUUGCAAUGUAACAUCCCUAUCUCGUCAGCAGUUAACGUGCCGUCCUCCACUCUCUCAGCCACCUGGAAUAGAUGCGGAACAGGGCCAGCCAAAUGCUCAGGAGUUGCCUGAAGUUGUUGUUAUAGUCGGUGGAAGUCUGCGAUAUCACAUUGGGAAGCUCAACUAUGCAUCACCAACAGCUAUCAACAGCCCUUUGACCAAACCAGCGCUCUUUGGUGGAGUUGCUGUCAUUGUUGUUUUGCUGAUAAUAUUUGUGGCAUUCCUCAUCGCAUAUCGUCGUAAGUCUACAGAAAGCAACAGGGUACUGAAAAAUAUGCAGGAACAGAUGGACAUUCUUGAGCUUAGAGUCGCAGCUGAAUGCAAAGAAGCAUUUGCGGAAUUGCAAACAGAAAUGACGGAUGUGACAGGAGACCUGACAUCAGGCGGCAUUCCAUUCUUAGAUUAUCGAACAUAUGCUAUGAAGAUCCUGUUCCCGAACAACGAAGAUCAUGGUGUCUUACAAUGGGAGAGGCCGGAACUCCUGCGUCGGGAGAGAGGAAUAAGACUGUUUGGCCAGCUCAUAAUGAACAAGACAUUUUUACUCCUCUUCAUUAGAACUCUGGAAAGCAAUAGAUAUUUUUCAAUGAGAGACAGAGUGAAUGUUGCCUCUUUAAUCAUGGUGUCACUGCAGAGUAAAAUGGAAUAUUGCACUGAUAUCUUGAAAACUUUAUUAGCAGAACUCAUUGAAAAAUGCAUGGAAGGGAAAAGCCAUCCUAAAUUACUUUUAAGAAGGACUGAAAGUGUGGCUGAGAAAAUGCUCUCGUCUUGGUUUACAUUCCUACUUUACAAAUUUUUAAGAGAGUGUGCUGGAGAGCCACUCUACAUGUUAUUUAGAGCCAUGAAACAGCAAGUUGACAAAGGUCCUGUUGAUUCAAUCACAUCCGAAGCUAGGUAUUCACUUAGUGAGGAAAAACUAAUACGACAGUCAAUUGACUUUAAGCCAAUGACUGUAUAUGUGUCAAUUUCACAGCAAACAAUCUUCGUUACUGGCCUGGAUCCAAACACGGAGAAUGUUGGUGUGAAAGUAUUAGACUGUGAUACCAUCUCCCAAGUGAAGGAGAAGGCAUUAGACACGAUAUACCGCGCGACACCAUAUUCGCAGCGGCCGCACAAGGACGACCUUGAUGUUGAGUGGCGAACAGGCACUUCUGGGCGCUUAAUCCUCUAUGACGAGGACUCGACUACAAAGAUCGAGGGCGACUGGAAGCGUCGAAAUACGCUCAACCACUACCGAGUCCCUGAUGGUGGCUCGCUCAAUCUAGUCUCAAAACAGUCAUCAAUAUAUAAUUUGUCGAUUCUAUCAGAAAAGAACGACAAGCAACACCACAAGUAUGAAACUCUAAACCUAUCAAAAUUCAAUUCGGCCAGUCCGCCACUCAGUCGGGCGACGUCGCCUCUCAAUCAUGAUCACGAUGGAGGUCUUAAGGUCUGGCAUUUAGUGAAACAUCACGAUAGUGAUGCUCAGAAAGAAGGAGAAAGAGGAAAUAAGAUGGUUUCUGAAAUCUACCUCACUAGGUUACUUGCUACCAAGGGUACCCUACAAAAAUUUGUAGAUGAUCUAUUUGAGACUAUUUUCAGCACUGCCCAUCGAGGGAGUGCUCUACCUUUAGCUAUUAAGUAUAUUUUUGACUUUUUAGAUGAUCAAGCUAUACAGCAUAGUAUCACCGAUCCAGAAGUUGUACAUACGUGGAAAAGUAACAGUUUACCAUUGCGUUUCUGGGUGAAUUUAAUUAAGAAUCCAAAUUUUGUAUUUGAUAUCCAUAAAUCAAAUAUAGUAGAUUCAUGUUUAUCAGUUGUAGCUCAGACAUUCAUGGAUUCCUGUUCAACAUCAGAUCAUAGGCUCGGCAAAGAUUCACCUAGUUCCAAAUUGUUAUAUGCUAAAGAUAUACCUGUGUAUAAAGAUUGGGUAGAGAGGUAUUAUCAUGAUAUCAAAAUGAUGCAGCCUAUUUCAGACCAAGAUAUGAAUGCAAUGUUGGCUGAAGAAUCUAGAGCGCACUCUUCUGAGUUUAACACUAAUUGUGCUUUACAUGAGCUCUAUUCAUAUGCUAUGAAGUACAAAGAACAGCUAACCGUGACCCUGGAAGAAGACGAAUUCUCACAGAAACAGCGCCUAGCGUACAAACUAGAACAAGUAGAGAAAGUAAUGCAAGCAGAAUCGAACCUUUGAUGCGGUCCUACCCAGGCGAUGCCUACCUCGCUGCCCUUUUUUACGAUAAUCGAUUAAUUGCUCGAUGUACGAGUACUUUGCUCAAUAAUUGUGUCGUAUUGUGCUGUGCUAUGCUGUCAAGGAAGACAAAGGAUUUCUCCCCGAAGUGCCUCAGUAGUUGUCUCGUGCAGUAGUUUUGUCUCUCAUGCCACGUUGCGUUGCUUAGGUUUAUACAAAUUCUGUGUCCAUCUGUCUAAGUUUGGGGAAAAUUUAUUCAUCUCUCAGUUUUAGGAUAAUGCAAGAUAACUGAGUUUUCCUGUGUUUUUUUUUAUCAUUUUCUUAAAAUUUUUCUCAAAAUUCAGAAAGCAAUUCUCAUUACACUCCAGAUCAUCAAAAGGAAAAUUCCAAUAAUUAUAUUGAAAAUAAGGAAGUUAGCUUGCUGGUCAAAAAAGAUAAGAAUCGAACUCACAUACCAAAAUGAGGCUUUCAAAUAAAUAUUUUUACACUAAAUGAAAACUUAAUUAUUUUUUCUGAUCCAAAAGUUCUCAACGAGAGAGCCCUGAAUGAGCCAGCCCUGUCUUUAGUACUUUUAAGCUUUACUUAUUCAAAGUACCUUACCAUCAAGGUAAGUGGAGCAUGAAGAUGGUCUGUUAUAGGCCUCUCACCGUAUAGUCAACAUUUUUUUUUUAAAGAGAAAAAUUGCAAAAUAAUGAAUACCGAAAUUUACAAUUUCGUUUUUCUUAAUAAUUUGCUUGUAAGAUAAUUUUCAGUUUGAAUGGUCCUUAAUUUUGCGUUUUUGACUUGCGAACAUCUUAUGAAUGGCUUCAUAAAUUAUCCUAAAAUCCACUGGUGAAUAAUAUUUUUCAGCUCUCGUAUUUUUUGGUUUAGCAAGAAAGCCAAGUUUUCUGUUCCAUAAUUAGCAUUUUAUACUCCCAUUAUACUUGCUGGACAAAAAUAGAUUAGGGAAGUUAAGAUUAAAAUCUGUUCAUGGCAACUGUUCAAAUCUCACCAAAUGCAACCCUUGAAUGACAUCUUUUGAGCUCUAGCUAACGCACACAUUGAGAGACACAAAGAUUUGGUUGCCCUUAGUAGAUUUUAAUCUUGAUUUUAUUUCUCUAAUUUGAUGAUGCCGACUAUAACCCAGGUUCUAGGUAGUUAAUUUUGGAGAUAUCUCCACCCACAACAAGGAACUUAAUUCUUCUGGAAAGUAUGUUUACAACAUUGUCCUAUACAAAAGGUAUGUGUCUUAUAUUUCUUACAAGCUGCUAAGUAGCCAAGGUUUUUAAAUGUUACUGCUAAGCGAUUAUUUUUCACGGUGAGAACUCACAACAUGAGACCUAAGUCUUGAAUGUAUUUCGUUUUAGACUUAAUUUUGUCAUAAAAUAAUGAUAAUGAAGAGCUUACCUCAUUAAAUUCAGUUAAACAAUGAAAUGCUCUUCAGUUGGAUGAGAAUCAGAUUAACAUUUAACGUGUAUUCCAAUUUUGAUAAUUUUUCUCUCAGUAUUUUGAAAUUAAGCGAAAAUUCCCAACACAAUCAUUUCUAUCAUGUGAUUAUAUCGAAAAAAUCUAGUGAUAGAACUUUUUCUACUUUUUUAUUCUUCGAUGCUUGAGGACGUUGAAAGCAAAACCUGUCAACUGCAUUUCAUUGUUUCUGUAUCUAUCUUUUAUUACACUCACUUUUUCCACCAACAACCGUAAAUAUCACAACAAAUUUUUUGACGGUUCUUUUUCAGAAUUUGUUUUGUUUUCUCUAAAAGGAAAAGUCAUGGAACCAUUCAUUAGUGUAUGUUAAGUGCCACUGAGAAAUGAGUGAUAAUGAUUACUAAGAUGCUGAAGUAUUGAAAUGAAUACAGAAAGUUUAGCUUUGAACGUCCUCAUUAAUUGUUUCACUAUCAGGCAAAUGUUCCUGAAUUUUAAAAUUUUCCCAAAAACUAAAAGACUUCCAAAAUUAUAUAUUUCUAGGUUAGCCUUUAAAUUUAUAUUUGUAAUUUAUCGGCCUUUUUUUGUCAUGAUCUUUCCAUUUAUCUGGAAGUAAGCGCCAACAGUUGACUGGAACUUUAAGCCCAUGCAAAUUUUAUCGCUCAAGUUUAUUUAAUAGUAUCUCAAAGCAAUCGUCCCUUCAGUACUUCCUGUAUUUUCUGCUCUCAGCUAGGAAAUUUAUUUCCAAGCUUAAAUUUUUGAGAGGGAGUUAUUCAGCUCAAAUCAAUUGUUUUUUACAGUAUUCUUGUCUGUUUUUAUACUUGCCGUGAAUAUUUUUCUUGUUUUAUGCUUGAGUUUUCUGAUUCUCUCCCAAGAGUUUAUGGUGCAGAGUACAUUGAAUCAAUAGAAGACAAUAAGUUAACAUUUGAGGACUGUGAUGUAAAGUUUGCCCGGUAGUCAUUAAUUACCGUUCGGCAGUUCUAAUCAAUUACUUACAAUUAAGUUAUUUUGUGAGUGUUUCGCUCCUUGAACCUCAGGUCUCUUACAGCAAGAGUUCUGAUUAACGAGAAAGAACUGAAAGGCUGAUAGUUGAAAUUUUUUGUUCGUUGAUGAGCCGAGGCAGGACAGGAAGGUGAGACGUAGCUAUGUGAUAGGUCGAAUGGACUUUGCUUCUUGUGACAUACCUCUAUUUGGUUGGAAAACUAAGUUGCUGUUGAUCAUCAGGAGAGUGCUCUUGAAUUGUCAAUUAUCCUGUCCUUCCAAAGUCUAGCUAAACAAGUGAGCAAUUUAGUGGACCAAUCGCAUAGCUCCAUUUCAUCCUUGUCUUUUUCUUUUCCUGUUGACGAACAUGCGAUUUCAACUAUCGGCCUGCCAAAAUAGUGCUGCUUUUAAAGCUCGAUCAUGUCAUCUAUGCAUUGCAUGGGCAUAUCAUGAAAGAAAUCAACAGACUGUUUUCCUUUUUAUUUAAAAAGCAUAAUGCCUGGAAGCUUCUGGAAUUUAAAUGAGUGGUUUGUUUAGUAUAUCAAAUUUAUCGAAAAUACUCAUCUCUUCUUAGACAAUAUGGAAUAUGGUGGUAUAAAAGCGAAACGUGAAAACUUUUGUAUCAUUUAUCUUUGCUCAGUAUUAUGAUUUUGAUAAUGAUCUGGAAUGCUCACCAAAAACUAGACAGUUUUAACAGGUUUUAGACUCUCUAAUAAAAUUCACUGAGUAUCUUAGGCAAAGUUGACCCAUAAAGCUCAUAGCAGCCAUCUUGAAUUGGGCGCUUUACACUCUGAAGCCUUUCCAGUCGCUGCCAGACUAAAUACAGGGUGCUGAUACUUUAAAGUUGACUUUUAACCCAUUGUAUUUCUCUGCUCCGAAAAAAUCUAGCUGCGCAACGAGCAGUCUCUCCGUGGAACUGAGUCUGAUGUUAACGAGAAUUCGUCUUAGGCACGUCUACGGGUUUUUUAAUUCUGUGAUGUGGAGAUCGGUGCAAACAUUUUUAUCGAAAAUUAAUCAAAUAUUAAAAAGUAAAUAUUGGUUAAUUCUAAUGGGAAUAAAAUAAAUGUUUGGAUGAAUAUUUGUGCGUGUUUAGAUUACUCUGUUGUUCAUGUACUUAACCUCUAUGUGUUUGGUGUUGUCGCACAGUCCAUGAACAAAUUGCCUUAGGAAUGAAUUGCGAUGAAAAUCUUAGUGGCCUUUCUUCCUUAUUUUUGUAGAUCUUGAUACGCAUUUCAAUGAGACAAAUUUAGAUCAAAUUUCUCAGAUCCCUCUCUCCUCAGCAGGGAAAUUUUCUUCCUCCCCCCUGAUUCAUAUCAUUACUCAUGAAGUACCAAGAAUCUAAUUUAAGAAGAUAGGAAAACAUCUCAACUUCGCGCGUAAGCACCGCUGUCAAAAAAUCCGUAAGAUAAAAAGUAUUACAAAAUUUCAAGAGAAAGUGCAGUACUUAUCACAGUGUUUGACCAGUUGUAUGGAAUGAAUGAAGAAAAAAAUGGGAUUUGUUCAAUUCCAGCUCAGAAUAACAUGGAAAUGUCCAAAAUGCUAGGAUUUUUAAAAUAUUUGAAGCAUGUUACUGGCGAAAGUGAAGGAAAUUAAUGUUGGAUAGAUGUGGAAAUUUGUACGAAUAGUGUGCUUUCAAAUCUCAUUUCAUCUAACUCUUGAAAUGAUUCUUUGAUUUUGAAAAAAAUAUGGAGCCAAUUUUGCUCUUUCAGAAUUUUAAGUUGUCUACGCAGGCUGUCAAGGCAGCAUCUAGGGAUCACCAAACACAUGUUCAACAAUUAGUAUGCUAGUGUAGCAUUUUAUUUUUUUUGAAACAUUCUUCAACAUAUAUGUACAAAGCAUAUAUUAAAUUAUCAACUGAUGAUAUGACUUUCAAUGGGGGCUUUUAAGAAUAACUUGUUACAGUUUCAUUAGAGGAUGGAAACAAAUCCUGUUGUUUUUGCCUCAAUUUAGAAUUUUUCCAAACAGCAUUAAAAAAUUGCUUGUCUGAAUUCGGAUCAUUUCUGAUUUAAGUGAACAUUUCAAUUUUAAUUUCUCAAGUGGCUCUAUUUUCAUCGCAAAUUCCUAAAGAAGGCAAAUGUGUUUUCGUGACCUAGGUGUUCUUUCUUUUUUCCCCCUUUUUACUCUACAGCGAGUUACUGACAUUGUUGCAAAAGUCUGUCCUUAUUUCCCCUGUUUUCACGCCUCUCUAAAUUGUUGUAAAUAGUUUAUAUUUUUAUUGUGUAAAUAUUUUAAUAAUCUGAAUCUUUUAUCUAAAUGUUUUACCCGCCAAUGCAAACUCUGAAAAGAGUUGCUGUAUUGCACAGAUAAUAUCUAAAUUAUUGUAGAGGUUUUAAGUAUGCUCUGUUCAAUAUUGCAACUCUGCUUUGAUUAACAUAUUUUAAUAACUAGGAACUGAAUUUAUUACUUUUUGUUUCUUUGUUUCGUUUCAGUUUUUAAUUUCAAUAGAGCAAUUUUAACAACCUGAUGGACUCAGAAUGAACAAAUUUAUGUAACUUUUGAAUCUCUAUUCAUUAUUGAAAAAAGCAUGAUCGGAAUCUUUGGCCCUCGAUUUGAUUGAGGUCCCAAAUUUUCCAAUUCGACUGUCAGCUUUUGAUUCGUCGUAUUUUUAAUAGCCCCCCCCCCCCUUUGGAAAUGAUCUUUGGAACUUUUUAAUGAACUGUAUGGGUUUUUAAUGAAAUUUUACGAAAUACAAACUAUAUUACGACCCUGCAAAUAUUCCUUGCCACUGCCCCAUGUUUAGAUAAUGCUGCUCUAAUUUACGAAUUCUCCUUCCUUUUAUAAAUUUGAAACCGACAAAGAGCUGACUCAAACAAUCCAAUGUCUCUUGUUACAAAGCACCUCAUUUUUGAGUGGAAGCUAAACCUACCACAGUUUUAUUCAUAAUACGAAGAUUUGCUGUGAUAAUGGUGAUUUUGCAAACAAAUUUACAAAUUGUUAAAUCACAGAAACAAUUGAUUUAAAAUAAUCUCUUUCCACACGUUAUCACAUUUGUAGCUUCAAGGAAAAGUAGCAUGAAUGAGCUUGGCUCGAUUUACUCCGCCAAAAACUCCCUUUCAAUUUUACUGGUGAAAUUUCGGUGCCAGAAAGCCUUUAUUUAUUUAUUUAUUAAUUUUUUAUCUUAGGUCAGAAAAAAUUUUAAGUUCCUAUUUAUUAAUGUAACUCUACUGUCAGUCCAUUCUUUUUUAAUUCAUCUUUUUUUCUAUUUUAUGUUAAUGUCUGCUGAUAAGUAACCAUAAAAUAUUUUAAUUGAGAACUCUAUGUUUCUUUUGUUAUAUAAUUCCAAUUUCUAUUGAUAUUUUUGAGUUUAAUUUUAAAUAUUGUUUUGUUUUGAAUUUAUUAUUUAUUGAAUGUUUCGCUGUGUUUGCAUGAAACUUGUACAGAGGCACUAUUCCCCUAUAUUUAUUUGGUGUCUACCCGUAGAGCUACUUAUGAGCGGACAACGAAAAUUUGUGAAUUUUAAUGUGUAUAUACGACCUAUUAUGUGCAUUUAUAACUUGGGUAAACAUACAUUCCUUGAGUCUAGCAAUGGUCGAGCUUGCUGGUAACCACUUGCAAAUGUAUUCUGCAAUUUUGUCAACACUCGAUUAGACUGAUACAUUCUUCCUCUGUUAGUUUUGUAACUAAAUUUUUAUACCUGUGCGAAUAGGAGAGGAAACUACAAGACACAACUCCUGCUAAUAUUUUUCUCUCUACACUGCUUUACAAUGGCCUGGUUGAAAGCAUUUUCAUUCUCACCAUCAUUACUCAGUGGUGAUUUUUUACAAACUCUCAUGUGAUUGUUUGAUCUACAUUCCAUUCUAAUAUCUGUGAAUAUUUUCGUUGAUUAUCGUGUUUUUUAUUAAUUGCAUUUUAGGUGAUAGUAAUGUAAAUGAUGGUGACUAAGAAAAUGGAAUACAUCAGCUAGUUAAGAUAGAAAUUAAGUAAAAAAAUAUUUUGCGACUAGGCUUAAAUAUAAAAAAUUCAGAUCGGUAGCAGUCACUAAAGAUGACGUUUUGAGUAUGACCGUUCCAUGUUCAGGAAAAUGUUUUCCUUCCCUAAAAAUAAUCAUUUCAACGUUUAUAGAUCGUUUGCACUUUUACAUAUCCUGUGAUAUUAAAUGAAACAAAUAAUGCUUUAUGAAUAUUUAAUCAAAAGUAAUGCAGUUUCUUUUUUUUCAUUUUUACUGAAGCUCUAGCUGCAGUUUGUUUCGAACAAUUCCAUUAAGGACUACGUACACAAUAUCAAGAAAUUUAGCGUUGGCUAAUUUGUACAUUUUUUAUAAGAUAUUCCAUCCGGUCUCCUGAGUGAAAUGAGCUUUUAAACUUGAAAUUUUAUGUGGUCAUCUCCAAAAAAUCGGGUGUGAUAAGUUCAUGUUUUGUUGAUUUAAGAAGCAUUAUCUUAGGGAGAAGAGGCACUGCCGCUGAGUCGAAGAUUCGCAGCCUUUUGCUUUGAGCUAAGUUAAACGUGCCGUGCUGUCUUAUCUCCUCAGGCGGGGCAAGAUAAGAAAAAAGGAACCCACUCCUCCAUUGCCUACAUUUGUCCACUUCUUAAAGCUUGUAUAACUGCUGGGAAACGCCCCUUUCAGACCCUAUUUCCUUGAGACUGGCAUAUAGAAAGCCAGAUUUGAAAAGUUCAUCUUACUCAAGAGGUCGUAAGGAACAUCACAUCAAACAAUCCGAAAUUUUGCCAGAACUAAAUUUCUUGAUAUUGUGUUUGUAGUCCUUUCUCAAACCAUGGUUUUAUCAGCCAAUAUGUUCGUUGAUAUGAACUAAAAAGUAGGUGUUGACAGCCAGUCAAUCGUCAUUUAGGGGACGGCUAAGCAUUGAUGGAAAUGCUGUGUGAUCUUGUGACAUUGACAUUGACAUAUACAUCGAUUGCACGACUAGGAUGAUUCAGUUUAAGUGUGAGAAAGGAAUAUAUUUGCAGGAUUUAGUGUAGUGCCUAUUAAAUUUUGUUAAGUCCAAUUCCUCUUUUUUAUUUCAUAUUUUUAAAAGUAGUCCCUGAUUAACAGGCAUGUCUAGUAUAUUAUAGACUGCACAAAUAUCCCGGUGUUACUCUCUCUUGCCAUGAACCCUUUUUCAUCUGUAUAAUAGUUUUAUUCAAAUUAUCUUGUAAUUGCAACAAUAAAUGUUACGUGUGAUUUUUAGCCUCAGCUCUGAGUGUAAGCAUUGGUCUAAGCUUUUAAAUAAAUUGAGUAUUUUGUAUUUUUAUACUGAUUUUAGUCACGUUUUGAUGUCAUAUCGACCGGCUUGAUACUUUUUAACUGACUCACUUGAUGUGGUUUGUAUAAAUGAAUGUAUGUUUUUACAGGAGACUAGUACAUGUAUGUAAAUAUGUAUAGAUAUUGCUUGUAUAUGUUUAAAUAAUCCUUUGUAAUUAUCCUACUACUCACGUUUUACAUGUUCUCCUUAAGCUGCGAUCUAUCAGAGGAGCAACUUUUUUACUCAUUUUCUAGACUGAAUUUUUGUAUUUUUUUAGCUUUCUCAUUCUUCUUUGUUUUUGUUUCUUCGAUUCUUUUUAUUUUUCUAUUUUUUCAGUGCUAAGCAAGAUUUUGUCUCUCAACGGACAGCUAGCAGUUUUAUUUGUUAAAAUUUGUUUGAUAAUUAAAUUCUUCAAUUCCGAUUCACGUGCGAUUAUGUAGCUACCGUCCAAAGUUAUUUUAUCGAAUUAACUCUCCAAAGUGAGAUUUUUAAACAAAUCCCUAUCACAUGAACUCCUGAUUUUCACUUGUAUUCACUCGAAAAACGGACACCAAAAAAAAAUGGUAAAUAUGGCUGAGACAAACGUCGAAAUGCUUUGAUUAUUGAUUUUCGUAUGUUCGUUUUUGGCUUCAUGAAAAAUUAAAAUUAAAGGAACACACUCAAAAGAUGAAGUAUCAACCUGGAUACCUACCUUGAUUUCUCAUCAAGUAUCUAAGUAAAAUCUAAUUAAGUUGUGUGCGUAUAUCUUGCUACAUGAGAGGAUUGAUCUGAACUCAAGAAUUGUCAAUUAACUAAUGAGUGAGCCCUCACCUUUUCUCAAAAACGUUUAUCUCUUGGAGUAAGAAUAUUUUAAAUGCUUAUGAAAUGGAUGUUUAAUAUUCUCGAUAGCCAAGACAUUUGGUACACCUAUCAAGGUUUUUGAGUACUUCAAAUUUUGGGAUUAAAUGAAGACCUACUACUAUCAGUUUAAUAUGAAAUGUCUUGCAGAAAUUCAUGAUUUAUAAGUUUGGACCCAUCAUCGUCACUCUGUUUAUCCUCGCUGUGCCCCCCCCCCUUCGUUUAAUCACCUCCUUCAGUGAUUUCUAUCCAUUCUCAGUUAGGAAAGCAUCAUUGUUUUUAUACUUGCCCCUUCCUCUUCAGAAUGUCUUAUUGUUUAAGUGCUUUGUGCGUGUGGCAUGCUUCCUUUCAUAGCCUCGUUGCUCAUGACGGUCAAUACUUACUGUUAAAUAAAUUUUGUUCAAUCAUUGCGAGGGAAAUGCAUUUUUUCCCUACCAAGCUAAAUGCUUACUUUUUAAGUUCGAUUUUUUAAGCGACAAUUUUUUUUCUUGUAUUGUUUAACAACAUAUCAACAAUGUUCAAAAAUUUAUUUUUGAUAUGAAUUAGUUUAAUCAGCGUGAAUCUUUUAAAGAUGUCCGCCGUUGAAAAUCAAGCAUUUUACGGGGAUAGACUGCACCGACUGAGGGAACUAGAUUCUCAAUAGAUGAGGAAUUCUUUUGAAAGGAGAUAUAGGUUUUCAUUCGGAAGAGUGAAGAUUUUUAGGUUUCACCUCUCCUGCGUUUCUGUUCUGUCUCCUGUCAACUUGAAAUUUUGCUUUUUCAUUUGCCGCAAAUAACGGGUGGACUAGGAAGUCUCUGGUGACUUCAGCAGAAAAAUCCACUUUUUUUAAAGAUCUAUACUUAACUGUAGAAUUUUAUUGGUGAGCUUGCGGGUGAUUCAUUCCACCCUCUCCAAGUUAGGCAAAUCGUUGGCAUGACCAUCACAUUCUUGCAGAGGUCAAUGGUGGCCUUCACAGCAGGGAACUUGUCGAAGCAAGCAAGAUAAGAAGUCCUCUUCCUUCGUCUUUAUUUUGUAGAAUGCAUUACAGAUUCCAUUGGUGACUUGCCCUUGAGUUUUGAUGUAUUGUCACCCAAUUCUUGAUCUCAUUCAUCCAUCUCAACUAGCCACUGAAGUGAGAAUCUAGUUCUGUCUGUCUCCUCUCUGUCCGUUCAAAUAAUAAUUUUUUCUGUCGUAAAGUAACAACUAGGUAGGUUAAUUUUACAUGGGUCAAUGAUCGUACCUAUCCCGCUUCUCUUUCCUUUCCUCCAGUCUUUAAUAUUUUGUAACUACUCGUUGCUCUUACAAAUGAUCCCACUUCUUGUUAGUCUUUCUCAUUAUCAUAUUCCAUUAUUUUUGGGAAUAUUCAACAAUUUUUUCUUUUCUUUUCUUUAAAUUUCUGGUCAUGUAUCAACCGAAUGGUGUCCCGUACGUACCUCAAUACUUUAAAUGGAUCAUUCUCAUUAUGUUAGAUUUUGUAUCAAUUUUUAUCUGUGUGCCAAAUUCUCUUCGCUUGUCCAGAAAUCUAUUACCUCCAGUAGCACUGUGCUUUCUUUACAAUCAACAUACUUAUAAUAUCGAUAAUGCUCAGUAUAAACACAUCCUGAUACUUAAAAUUUCCUAGUGUCAAUGAAACUGACACACUAGUUCUGGAGAAAAAUUUUCUACAAAUGAAUUAUGAAAUUAAAGUUCUUCAGUAUGCUGAUUUUUCAAAGUCUAUUUUAUUGCUUGGAUUUGAAAGCGAAUGUCACCCAUUAUUUUACUACCAUGAAGGUAGCCUAUCUGUAUGAGGAUAAGACAGUCAGCUGGUAACAGUUUAAUCUGGUCACCUCCUUUUUCGCUCGCUGCUUUACCGUCGAAUUAGCUAUGAACCAUGCUUCUGAGCACAUAAAUGCUUUUGAAAAUCUCUUGGCUCCUGUUUUAUUUUUGAUAAAGACUGAAACCGCAUGUUAUCUGGAAACAAGCUUUCACUUCCCGCUGACUUGAAGAUAGGAAAAUAGAGGGAAGAAACAGAAGAAAUAAAAGUUAGAAAAAAUUAAAUUGUGAAUCAUUUGUGGUAUCUGUUUACUUUAAGUGUUAUAAUAUGUAAAUAUAUUUUUAUUAUUUCUGUUUGUAUAAAUGUUAAUGAGUCUAGACCAUUCUUUGUGUGUAGGUAUUUUGAUAUUCAAAUAAAUUUAUAUCAAUGGA